UGCUGCAAUCCAUAGUGAUUGCUACAGAUGAGAUGGUGGGGGCCAAAGACACAAAAACAAAGGAGCCCAAAGGACAGGAGAGAAGCAGCUUGCCCACCACAAUUAAAGAAGCGAAAAAGAGAGACAAAGCUGCCACAGCUCUGAUGUGAACUCGUAGCUUAAUUUCCUUAUUCUCAUAGCAACGCUCCUGAAACAUGACUCGUUUCCUGUGACCAACGCCACGCUCAAUUACCACGGCGAAGAUAAGUCCAGCCCACGAGCCCUCCAAGAAAAACGCUGCUGGUGAAGCGAAAACCACCUCGUACAGCUGAAACACUCUGCUCUUAAAGCUGGAAGAUCAGAAGCUGAGAAUCAUGACGAGCAGAUUUGCUGCUUGUGUGCUGGCUUUACUGCACUUCUGUCGUUCCUCUGACUCCUAUGAACCACCGACAUUGCCCGAUGCUGGAGAUCCAAAGUUUAUUGAGGAAUGUGUGCAAACCCAUAACAGAUUCCGGUCUGGAGUGAAUCCACCAGCCAGCAACAUGCUCUACAUGAGUUGGGAUCCGGAUUUGGCAAAGACUGCGAAGGCUUGGGCAAAGAAAUGCCUGUUUAAACACAAUACGUACCUCAAAGAUCCAGGGCAGGCUCACCCCAAAUUUACCCCCGUUGGAGAAAAUCUCUGGACUGGCUCACUUUCUAUUUUUACUGUGCAAACAGCCAUCACCUCUUGGUACGAUGAGGUCAGCGCCUACAAUUAUGCCACCAAUAACUGCAGAGGAGCAUGCGGCCACUAUACACAGGAAGAAAACAGGACAGCCAUCAAGCAGUCAGAUUUAGCCAAACAGUGGCCAAAAACCAGGCAAUGGCAAUGGCUGUGGGCUGCAGUGUGUGGCAGGACAAGGUCCCAGCUCUGGCAGGCAGUCUCUGCAUCCCAAGGGCUGCGGAAAUACCGGCACCUAAAGAGAUGUCUGCAGCUCCUCAAGCAUCACGUCUGCAUUUUUCCCAACCACGAUUCCCAAAGAAAGAGGGCAAAGCGAGGGAGAGGAGUGCCACUGCCAUGCAACCCUGCAAUCGCUAACCACAGCGAUGGGCGAGCAGGAUGGCUUGCAACAGGGGCUCUAGGGUUUAGAUUUUGACCUGAGGCUAUUUAGUAAUUUCUGUGGAGAUACACAUACGCAUUUAGGACUUGAAGAGAUGAGCUGAAGCUGGUGUCUGAACGGCACGUGCAGGUACUCGUGUGCAGAGGAGAUAUUUGGAUGCAGGAGCCAUGAGAGGUGACAGCGUGUUGCUUUUUGACCUUGCUCACAAGCACACAGCAGGAGUCAGCAUCUGGAACCUGCGGUAAAACUCACCUUACCUGGCACUAAGGCACAGUGGUGUUUACCGCGUUGUUUGUAGAGGAGCAGGCCAGGCAGUUGCAUGGGAGAGAAUGAGGAAAUAAGAUUAUUCUCACUUGGAGUCAGCGGUGAUAGUGACUGUAGCUAGAAGCUGCCUGUCUGCCAGCUUUGGGAGGCAUCCCUGGGUCUGCACCUUCGGGGAACCCCUCAUUCCUCUCCCUCCUUCCCAGCUGUGGAGAAAUUUCCCCCGGGUACAAUUACUACCGUUACCACAACCACAUCCCCAGCACAUGCCUCGGGCGACGGCCGCCUGGGAUGGGGAGGGUCCUGUGAUCCGGUCCUUCACCAUCCUCAGGGAUGCAGUUGUCUGUGGCUGGCUUCGGAAGCAGCCUCUGCUCUGCCGCUGCACUGAGAACACCCUCAGGAGCUCGAGGAUUGUCCCCUCUUCCCGGAGCUGGCACCAAACAGGCACAAACAGAAAGGGCCAGGCUUCCCCUUCCGAGCUGGCGGAGGCACGAGCGUGUUUCUUCAUCUCCUGUGCCGCCAGGAUCUCUCCACGGCUCUCAGGUAGUCAGUCAUUGCUGCCGUUGUAUCGCCCUCAGGUACCGCCAUGCCCUCGUCUCCUCUCUGUUUCUGUCACGGGUUUAUUUUUCCAGGACUGCAGCAUUUGGCUGCACUGUAAUCUUAGAGGUAGAUAUAGGAUGCUGGAUUGAACCGAACAGCUUCUGGUAGACAGAGGAUCGCUAGAUGAUGUAAUGCCCUCGCCUCUAGAUUAUUUUAGUCAUGGCCAUGAUGCUAAAGGGCAGGACUGCAGCCUGGACACGCUCCUUUUCCCUGCUCCUCCCGUAACACCAGCGCCUUCCAGCCAUUUGCCUAUACAUCCCUGCUGGAUUUAGUACAGGGGCAAUCAGCACUCGUAGGAGCUGUAGGAAAGCUAAUGG